UCCUAGCUCGCGCAGUUGUUAGCACCAUUUUGUGAUGAAUGAGGGGAGGGGAGGCAGAUAGAGUUGCGGAUUAGUAGUAGAUUGGUGUUAAAUAGCCUGUUUUGUGGGAUAUAGUUUUGUUUUUAAGUUUUUAAAUAUAUUUAGAAGAGGGGCGGUAGUCGUACAAUUUUCGGGCUUGAAGUAGAGAAGUUUGGAGUGUGAUUUUGUCGAGUCAGUCAGCUGCUCCAGCGACGCGCUAAGCUACACAGCUAACACAUCUGCCCUCAAUCAACUAGUCUUUCAGAGAAAAGGAGAGAUCCCUGCAAGUCUGAAGAAACAUGAGCGCCCCUUCUUCUCAAAAAGUCGUGCUGAAAAGCACCACCAAGGUGUCCCUGAAUGAGCGCUUCACAAACAUGCUGAAGAACAAGCAGCCGACAGUGAGUAGCAUCCGGGCGACCAUGCAGCAGCAGCACAUGGCCAGUGCGAGGAACCGCCGGCUCGCUCAGCAGAUGGAGAACAGGCCCUCUGUGCAGGCUGCCCUGCAGCACAAACAGAGCCUGAAGCAGCGACUUGGGAAGAGCAACAUCCAGGCCAGACUGGGUCGGCCCAUCGGCUCGCUGAUGCCGGGCGGUGGCAGAGGACGAGGUUUUCCCGGAGGAUUGCGUGGAGCUGGACGAGGACUGCGGGGAAGAGCGAGAGGCGGUGCCAUGAGAGGAGCACUCUCUCUUAGAGGUGCAGGUCAGAUGAGAGGUAGAGGUGGUCCUGGGCGUAUCGGUCUCCGUCGAGGCAUGCGUCAGCGCGGAGGACCCGCAGGACGAGGUGCUCUGGGUGGCCGAGGAGCAGCACGUGGAGCACCUGGAGGAAGAGGCCGUGGGGGUCUGAGAGGUCGUGGAGGCUUUGCAGGAAGGGGUCGUGGACGCGGCAGAGGCCGAGGAGCAGGUCGUCCCGCCGUCACACGUGAGCAGUUGGACAACCAGCUCGAUGCUUAUAUGUCCAAGACCAAGGGACAUCUGGAUGCAGAGCUGGAUGCGUAUAUGGCCCAGGCGGAUCCUGAGAGCAUGGAGUAACCACUGAGUUGAGAGAAUGAGAACAGCUCCCCAAAGAUCUGCAGAUAAUAGACUGAUUGUUUGACAAGAUACACAUCCAGUACAAUUAAAGCUGUUGCUCUUGGACACUCCCUGACAAGACAUUUUAAACUUGAAGGUUGUACAAAGUUAUGUAUCCAUCCCCAGUAUCUUCAACGAUUUGAGUCGCCACUCGUGUUUUCUAAACUGAACUCUGUCCAUCAUAAAAGCCUAUCACAAUUAACACAAGUCCUCUUAGCAAACUUUUGGCUGUAAAGUGAAGGAAAAAAAACAUGUUUUACAUUGAAAUAUAAUAAUGGAGAUUGUGUUUUUGUUUUUUUGGCUGAAAUUCUGAAAAUGACCCCAUGUUUGAGGAGCUGUGAACUUGAACCAAGAACAUUUGAUCAUCUGGUGUUAAAAUGUGGUUUAUAUAGAUGAACAGAUGUUAAUUACCGUAAUGUUCUACAAAUGAAACGUACCUUUUAUUAUUGUAUUUUUAUUAUGUUUUAAAGUAGAACUUUUAUUCAGUAUACGCAAACUUGACAUGUCUUUUUUGUGUCACAAAAGAUGUUUUAAAAGUAUAUUGUAACCCACAAACUUUU